AUGGGGCUGGAGGAGGCGCGCGAGCUGGAGUGCGCGGCGCUGGGCGCGUUGCUGCGGGAGCCGCGGGAGGCCGAGCGCACACUGCUGCUCGACUGCCGCCCCUUCCUGGCCUUCUGCCGGCGCCACGUGCGCACCGCGCGGCCCGUGCCCUGGAACGCGAUGCUGCGGCGCCGCGCGCGCGGUGCUCCCGCCGCCGCCCUGGCCUGUCUGCUGCCCGACCGCGCGCUGCGGGCGCGCCUGGCCCGCGGGGAGCUGGCGCGCGCUGUGGUGCUGGACCAGGCCGGCGCCUCGCUGGCCGCGUUGCCACCCGACUGCCCGGCCCGUGUGCUGCUGGCCGCGCUGUUGCACGAGACCCACGGGGGGCCCACCUCCGUGUGCUUCCUUCGAGGAGGCUUCGAUGCCUUCCAGGCCUGCUGUCCCGACCUGUGCUCUGAGUCUCCUGCCCCAGCAACGGCCCCCGCUGGGGCAGAAAACAGCCGCUCAGACCCCAGGGCUCCCUUCUAUGACCAGGGUGGCCCGGUGGAGAUCUUGCCCUACCUGUUCCUGGGCAGCUGCAGCCACUCAUCGGACCUGCAGGGGCUGCAGGCCUGUGGCAUUACCGCUGUGCUCAAUGUCUCCGCCAGCUGCCCCAACCACUUUGAGGGCCUCCUUCGCUACAAGAGCAUCCCGGUGGAGGACAACCAGAUGGUGGAGAUCAGUGCCUGGUUCCAGGAGGCCAUAGGCUUCAUUGACUCUGUGAAGAACAGUGGGGGCCGGGUGCUGGUGCACUGCCAAGCUGGCAUCUCCCGCUCUGCCACCAUCUGCCUGGCAUACCUCAUACAGAGCCAUCGUGUGCGGCUGGAUGAGGCCUUUGACUUUGUUAAGCAACGCCGGGGGGUCAUCUCCCCCAAUUUCAGUUUCAUGGGGCAGCUGCUACAGUUUGAGACUCAGGUGCUGUGUCACUGAGGCAGGGCUGAGGUGCAUACAAUCUUGGGUUCCAGGGGAGCCGACCUGGGACAGCUGUGCUCCCUUCAGGGCCUCACCGUCCCCCCUUGGAGUUUGGAAAGCCCCCAGGAGGGGGCGCUGGAAAUACAGGAAUGCUGGACUCUCACCUGGUGCUCUUUUGCUAGGGGUCUGAGGGCUGGCCUUCAUUUGGGGACAAGAGUGAGGGUUUUUGUCUACUCCUUGCUCCCCCACCCUCUGGCAGAAACUAAUUGGACUCUACACCCAUGGAUCCAGUGGGCCCACCACUGUGUUGAAGCCCUUGGCGCCUGAGAGCCCAAGGAACAAGCUGUGACAACCAGGAGCCCCACCUGGGGACGGUGCACCCCGGAGCCUGGAGCCCGAGCCCUGUGCUCCUAAGGCAGGGCUCCAGGAACUGCUGCCUCCUUGUGUGUGUAUUUGAGCAUUUCACGCCACUGUUGGUGCUGGAAAGUUAUUUGUGUUUAACUGACAUUUAACACUCCCUCCCCUACUUCCUCCCAGCCCUGUGGGCGGUGGCUGGAAAGUUAGCACUUUAUAUUUAUACAGAACCUUGAGGAUGUGUCAAUAAAAUAUUGUUUUGUUUAAAAAAACAACUUUUCAAGCAUCUGGUCUCAAGUCAAUGUCCAGGGAAAUGCUCAAAAGCCGUUUCUUAAUCAGAGCUCACCUUUCCUUGUGCCUCGGGGCCUGGGAAACAGAAGGAGGAAGGGGCAUGUGUACCCUCCCUGGCAGGAGGUGCCCUCUGGGCCUCAGCUCGCCCGUGCUGGUGGCUUUUCCGUGUCAUUCUGUCUCAGCUGAAAGAGUUGGUUUCUGAGAGACAGGCUCCAACCUUAUUCCUGUCAUAGGCAUUGGUUCUGUGGGGAAAAGGCUGUGUCCAUGAUUCAGAAUAGGCCCCGUGCUGCCCUGGUCAGACCCCACUUCCUUUCUGGAGCAUGUGGACAGGUGUGUGUGUACGCACACCCAUGUAUGUGGCUGCCCUAUGGGUGUGGGUGUCUUGGCCUGCGUGCACCUACAUGUCACAUGCUUGGGUGUUCAUCCCUGUGUGUGUUUGUGUGUGGCU